AUGUUUCAGCUGCCCAUCCUGAAUUUCAGCCCCCAGCAGGUCGCCGGGGUCUGCGAGACCCUGGAGGAGAGCGGCGACGUGGAGCGCCUCGGCCGCUUCCUGUGGUCGCUGCCCGUGGCGCCGGCGGCCUGCGAGGUGCUCAACAAGAACGAGUCGGUGCUGCGGGCCCGCGCCGUCGUCGCCUUCCACACCGGCAACUACCGGGAACUCUACCACAUCCUGGAGAACCACAAGUUCACCAAGGAGUCGCACACCAAGCUGCAGGCGCUGUGGCUGGAGGCGCACUACCAGGAGGCGGAGAAGCUGCGCGGCCGCCCGCUGGGGCCCGUGGACAAAUACCGGGUGCGCAAGAAGUUCCCCUUGCCCAGGACCAUCUGGGACGGGGAGCAGAAGACCCACUGCUUCAAGGAGAGGACCCGGCACUUGUUACGAGAGUGGUACCUGCAGGACCCGUACCCGAACCCCAGUAAAAAGAGGGAGCUGGCUCAGGCCACAGGACUUACACCCACACAAGUGGGGAACUGGUUCAAAAACCGCAGACAAAGAGACCGAGCGGCGGCGGCGAAGAACAGGGUAAACACUGAAAAGACCAAGCAUUCUGCACAUUCUCAUUCUCGUGUCCACGUCUCUCCAGGCUCCAGCAGCACGGCCUGUCCGGCGGCUCGGUUCGCUCCCUGGCGGACGAGGACGGCACCGUGGACCGCCUGGGGAACUCGUCCAGUCCCGAGGCGAGUCUGUCCAGCAAAGCGGCGGCCUCGGCCAUCUCCAUCACCUCCAGCGACAGUGAAUGUGACAUCUGACACGGCCCCGGUGUCGAUGAAGUGAAGAGGGACUCGAGUGAAAGACAAUCUAAUAAAAACGAGUCAUAGUGCCUGCGUUGAGUUAAAACACAAAACACACACACACAUCACAGACACACACACACUGAUACUGACUGAUGCCAAAACGUGAUGGGAUCUGACAGUGCGUCCUUAUCCGGUUCUCGGCCUGUACACCUUUGGUUGCGUGUGGAUAAACUGAACUUAACACGGACCAGACAUAUUUCACGGACUAAUCGCUAAACCGACGCCCGGAGAAGAAACGUAAAAAAAAAGAAGAAAAAGAAAUCAACAACUACAACAACAACAACAACAAAAAAGGAAAAAGGGGAUGAAGGCAUCCGAGCGCCUAACCUGCUGUUCUCUGUGGGUAUUUCAUGUUGAAAAAAAAAGAA